AUGAGGAAAUAUCCACUCGUUUGUUUCAAUGGAGGUAAAGACAAAGAGGUAGAGGCAGAGGCGGUAGCGGUGGCGGUUUUCUCAAAGAACCUAGGAAUGAAAUUGAUACAGGUGUAUGCAAUAAUGGAGAUACAGACAACUGAAACUUCAGAGAAUCCAACCUCACUUCCAGUUGUAAACACAGAGACAACUGAGACUUUGGAACAAUUAACACCACCUGUGAUUGCUCACCCACAGACAACUGAAACAUCCGAGCCGCCACUGCCACCACCUCCGGUGACAAACAUGCCGGAAAGUGAAGCUUCUUUGCCUGAGGUUACAAACACACAGACAACUGAAAGCCUAGAGGAGACACAAACACCAUUGAUUGAGGUUACAAACACACAUGCAACUGAACCCUCAGAUGAUACUGAUUCCACCCCGCCACCUGUCACAAACACAGAGUCAACUGAAACCUUGGAGCAAUCAAUCCUUCCCCCUUUGACAGAAACAAAGACAACUGAAACUAUAGAGCAAUCAGUCAUACCUCCUGUAGCCACUGAUAAUAGUCAUCAUGAUAACUUGGUUGCUUCUCCUGAAAACCACCAUUUAAACCCCAGGGUUAUAGAAAUGAGGCAAGAGACUGCUGAAGAAGGAGAGGAAAUAAGGAGCAUAUUAAAAGUCAUUGCAGCCACUGGAAAGUUCUGUCAUGAUUGGGAGAAACUGAGAAGCAUGUUGUCUCUUCAUUUAAAGCAGGUUAUUUCUGAGUAUCCACAAACAAAAGUGACAAUAGAGGAACAAAAAGUGUCAUUAGGGGAGACGCAUGCUGAGUUGGUGAAAAGGUUGGAUGAUGCCCUUCAUAGUUUUGUUGAUGGUCCACCAUUUACCCUACAAAGGUUAUCCGAGAUCAUAUUGGAUGCAAGAAGUUUGUAUCCAAAUCUAUCAAAGCUUGCUCUUGCCUUAGAAAAGAAUUUGUCUGUGACAUCAACAUUGACCAUGUCAACCGAUCCUGAUCCACAAUCUCUCAUAACAACACCAAAUGGACUUGACAAAGUAACCGAGGAUCCAAAUCCAAAUCCAAAUUCAAUUCCAAAUCCAAAUCCACAAGUGGAAUCUGAUGCGGUGAUGGAAAAUGGAGUCCUACCUGUGACUGCAGUAGAUAGGGAUGAAGUAAUGACAGAAGUGGAGGCUGAUGUGAGUGAUGUUAUGACAAUGGACAUGGAAACCUAUGAGAAGUCAUCUGAAGAAUCAAGUCCUAUGACAACAUGUGAUUCUUAAGUUUUUUUUUUUUUUUUUUGGGUUAUUUUUUGAAACUAUUAAAAUGUGAUUGUAAGAGGUAAAACCCAACAUUUGAUGUGAUAAGUGUAGAGCAUGUGAGACAUGAUGAAACCAUUGGGGUGAUAUAUCUGUUAAGGGAGGUGUUGAGAGUAAGAUUCUUCUUCUUUUUUCUUUUUCUCAUUAACUCAUGUAUCCGUAUAGUAUUUGGUAAAGUAGUUGAAUGAGUAAUGAUGCAUG